AUGGUGACGGCCUCGUACGACAAGACCCUUCGUCUAUGGGACUUAGAAAACGGUGUCGUAUUGAAGGUAAUGGAGGGGCAUCACUGGGGCAUACGAGUAGCUGCAGUAUCAAGAGACGGGCAAUUCAUAGCAAGCGGUGAUUUUGGCGGGGAGCUCAUAGCCUGGAACAGGGACGGCGAAUCUCUCACCCAACCCAUCCGAGUCAAAGUCCACUCCAACAAGAUUUUCUCGCUCGACUUUUCUCCAGACAGCACAUUUAUGGCAAGUGGCUCAAUGGACAACACGGUGGAGCUCUGGAACACAAAGACAUGGCGGGUAGAAGGAAAUCCAAUCAAUUGUGGGACUGAAGUCCGCUGUGUUCGGUAUUCGCCGUCAGGGGAAUAUCUUGCCAUCGCAACCAAAAAGGACAUCCAAAUAUGGAAUGCACGCAAGAGAGAACGAAUCGCAAAGUUCCAGGGUCAUUCUGCGUUUAAUGGAGCAUGGAAUUACUCAGUCGCAUGGACGUCUGAUGGCAUGCGGCUGUUCUCAUCGGGCUCCAUUCUAGAUCCCACCAUAAGGGAGUGGGAUACAUCGACCUGGAAGCAAGUUGGUCAACCCUGCAAGGGCCAUACUGACACUGUCUACACGAUUGCCUUCAACCCUACUGGCACCCUUAUCGCGUCUGCAUCUGAAGACCAACAGGUUCGCCUUUGGCGAAUUUCGGAUCGAUCGCCCAUCGCCAUAUUCAAGCACCCCGAUCAGUUGUAUUGUGCCACGUUCUCCGCGGAUGGCAAGCACAUUCUCAGCGGAGGUAGAGACACUGUGAUUUCAAAGUGGAAAGUACCUUUCCUGGAGGACAUUUCUAAGGACAAGUUAUCAGAUGAUAUGUUACGGGGGAUGCUCCGCCGAGGGAACAAGGGGCAGAUAAUCCUGAAUGCGAGCGCGACAGCCCGCGAUGCAUGUAUAGCCGGGGACUUGCCUACUGCCGACAGGCUGUUAACACAAGAUAUUGCCGCCGAUGGCAACGACUACAAAUCUCAUGCGAAUCGUUCGUUUGUCAAGGCAAGAAAUUCAGACUGGGAUCACGCACUUGAUGACGCGCUCAAAAGCAUCAGUAUUAAGCCAUCCUUGAUGGGCUGCAUAUCCAAGGGCAUCGCCCACUGUGGAAAAAACCAGUUUCAAGACGCGAUGAAAGCAUUUGACAUCGCGUUCAUGUACGUGGACGCAGACUUGAAUAAAACUCGUCUUCUACUCUUGAUCAAGGCCAUCGCUCUUUUCAAUGCAAAUCAACACGACGAGGCGAUUCUGCGCGUUCAAGAGCUAGCUAAGACUCGUCCCAAUCCAAAUUCUCUUGCCUGCGGUAUCGUAGAAGCUUAUCUACACGUCCAACUGGGAAUCAAUGCAUUAGAUGACACACGUCACAACGAAUCAGCUGACCACUUUACUGCUGCCGUCGACGCUAUCGGUUUCUCGUCUAUGUCGACCAUCCACUCUAGAUAUGAUGUCUUCCUGGUGUUAUUCGGGUGGGACCUCCGAUCUUUGUGGCGAACUGCACACCAGAAUUGGUGCGAUGCGCUCCUUCGGACAGGUAGACUUCCAGAAGCCAUCAAAGCAUACCGGUACAUAAUGGAUAGGGCUGAUGAGGCUACGAAAGCAAGCUACCUUGAUUGGUCCACUGGCAGUCUUCUUGAUCAAGAUUGCAGCGUGGUCUAUGCUGCUGCCGGUGUGACUGAUAUCAUUGAGAGCGGAGAUGUUGCCCUCGCUGCGGGUAUUACGAUGGGGCCAUCGAGCUUUACUCUGCAGCGAUCGACCUCGGUUUGGCAACAGAUACAACCUUUGCGAACCGCAGCAAGGCGAGGUCAGGAAAAAUGUUAUGGGACGACGCACUCUUCUCGAUGUGAACAAGGUCAUCGAACUCAACCCUCAUCUUACUCCGGAUAUCAGUUGAAGCAUGCGGUACUUCAUGGCGCACACAGAUAUGAUGAAGCCAUCGAGGUGUUCAAAAUUAUGAUCUCCAAGUUGGAAAAUGCUUCCGACACGCAAACCCAAGACUUGCGCCAUCAGCAUGUUGGUCCAUCCGAAGCAGAACGCGCUAUUGAAGAGAGCAUCAACGCUCAGCUCGACGACGCCCCGCAUCGUCUAAUCGACACCUCCACAGGGCGCUUAUGCAAUAGAGAGACACAGAUCGAUGCCUUCAAAGCGAGCACGGAGUACAAGGAGCUUUUGUCAUCCACCAUGAAGGAUGCAUAUCUUCCAUGCAGCGCAUCCAAGCCGUGGUGGCGGUAUACUUCCGUUAUGUCAUACUCUCGCACAGUUGGCGGCAUCGCGAAGUUGCAGUCGUUCUGCAAAACUACUCGUGAUAAAGGGUAUCGCUGGGCAUGGAUCGAUACCUGUUGCAUUGACCAGACUAACAACGUCGAGGUCCAACAAUCGGUCAACUCCAUGUUUGUCUGGUAUCGCCACUCAGCACUCACCAUCGUCUACCUGUCGGAUGUUGCCUUCAUCGCAGCCUGGAGCACUCGCAAGUAG